AGCCUUUGUGACUCCAGGUCUCCGUCGAGCUCCGGGCGGAGGGCGUGUGAAGCCUUUUCUCCGUCCCGCCGCUUCGCAGGGCCUCCCCUCUUCGAGCGAUGGCUGGCCGGCGCACGCAUGCACUCGGCGCCGUUGUCCUCGGGCUGGGGUUCGUCGUGGCCGCACUGGUGGCCCUCAGCUCCGGCAGCGCUUUCGUUGGAUCUCCGGUGCAGCUGAGAGCGAGACAGGGCGCGGUCCCCCUGCGGGCGGAGGGUGAGAAGUCCGUCGCGCUCGUGAAGGUCACCGAGGAGAACGCCAUCACCACGGCCAGCCUCCUGGGCGGCACCGUCGGCCUGCUUACGGGGGGCGUCUGGGUCGGGGCCGCCCUCUUCGCGGCGUCGUCUUACUUGUCCAGGCAGGAGAAAUCCGAUGUAUCCACUGCCCUGAAGGGCGUGUCCUCCACCGCCCUCGAGGCGCUCAACUUCGGCGCUUACCUGAAUGACAAGUAUGCGGUCACGAGCACGAUCAGCGAUUCCUUCGCGAGCGCCCUGGAGUCGAACCCUGAGACGAAGAAGACGAUCGAUGAUGCUUGGAGCGGCGUCAACAAUGCUUACAAAUCAGUCGACCAGGACAUCGGUAUCAAGGACACCCUGGGCACCAUCCUGGCUUCUGGCAGCGAGCUCGCUUCUCAGGCCAUCGACAAGGUCGUCGAGCUGAACAGCCAGUACAAGAUCACAGAUCAGAUCGGGGAGAAGAUCUCGGAGGUCAUUGAUAAGGCGUCGUCUUCCACGAAGAAGGCCUGAAUCGCUGGCGCGCGGCAUGUGAUACAGUAAUUAUACUUUCUGCUGGCUUCAUCGAGCGGGCUGGACUCGCUCUGAAUUUUUCGCAGCUGUGCCAAGAUAUCCAGCUGCCUGUGGCAAGUCCCGCCACCGUGCCAACGCAGCAGCGCAGCAGGAAAGAAGCAUCGCUCCAGUUCCGUGCCCUGUCUGGACUCGCGCGAGUCCUCCAUGUCCGCAGCCUGGGUUUUUUCCGGGACGUCUUCUGUUGCGACUGCGAACCUCGAGUUCCAAGACAUUUCGCACACCAGACCGCUGGCUUGGCGCCCCGCCCCUACAGUCAGGUGAAUAGUGUUGCUAGUGAGAUGCUAGACGGCGUUUAUGUUUGAUAUUUCCGUCGCAA